GAACCAAUAAAAUUAAAUAAAUCAAACAGAACUAUUCAAGUUCAGUUCUAAUUUUUAGUAAAUUUUUAUAUUUUUAAAUAGAAUCUACUUUUUUAAUAGAACUUUAUAAAUAUUUUACUAAUAGAUGUAAAAAAAUCUGGUUUUAUUUAAUCGAAUUAAACUGUUUUUCAACCGAAAAGAAAUAAUUUUAAUUUUUAAAAAUUUAAAUAGGACCAAAUUUCAGUUCGGGUCCCGUUUUAUUCACGGUAGUAAUUUCAACUAUAAUAUAGUUCUUUAUUAGCAACUAGAAAUCUAUGCUUAAAAAUAAUAAAAAAAUAAAAAAAUGAAAAAAGAAAGAAAGAAAGAUAUGCUUUCUGAUAGCCUUUCCCCAACACUUUCAUCAAAAACUUAAUAAGGCAUUCUUGAUCGUUUGAAGGUUAUAUGUAACUUGAAAAUGCCAAAAGAGAAAGAGGAUAAGAUGAAUUUCCUCAUUAGAAAUGCUUUGGUAUCCUUCUUUUUCAUUCAAAUCAUCUUUGUAGACCGUGGAUUAGGCCUUAACAAAGAUGACUGCAAAGAAUCAAAAUGCAGCCGCCACGGUCCAGCUAUCCGAUUCCCGUUCCGAAUCAAGGGCCUGCAACCUGACCACUGCGCUUAUCCUGAAGUUGGGUUUGAUCUGUCUUGUACAGAGAAGAAGGAGACGGUGCUUGUGCUACCAAAUUCAGUUAAAUUGUUGGUCAAAACGAUAGAUUAUGCAUCUCAAGUUAUUCAUGCAAGUGAUCCUGAGAAUUGCCUCCCAAGACAGCUUUCAAACCUCAAUCUAUCUGCUUCUCCAUUCCAAUAUUUGGAAUUGGACCAAAACACACAGAGUCAUGUCUUGUUCAACUGUACAUGGAGAAAAAAUCCCUUCUUUCAGGUGCCUUGCCUGAGUGCUCCUAACUACCAAGUUUAUAUCUUCUCUAGUACUAUUCGCAUUGAUAGCCCGGACCUAAUGUAUUGUACCAAGAUGUAUGACGUUUCACUUCCAGAAAACAUGAUUUUCAGUAAUGAUUAUGUUCUUCAAUUGACCUGGUUUAAUCCAAGUUGUGGGUCUUGCGCAAUACAAGGCAAAUAUUGCAGAUUGAAGGCUAACAAUACUCAACCCGAAACUGAAUGUUCCGGCGAGCUUAAACGGAUAACAUGGGCAGCACCAAAGUUUCUUGUUACAGGUAUUAUCUUUGGUAUGCUUCUUGUAGUGCUAAUGGGGUUUGCACUUUACCGCAUCUACAUCUUUGAUAAAAUAGAAAAGGAAUAUCAAUCCAGGAUAGAAAAGUUUUUGGAUGAUUACAAAGCUUUCAAGCCUGGAAGAUAUUCAUAUUCUGAUAUCAAGAGGAUCACAAAUCAAUUCAAGGAGGAAUUAGGCAAAGGAGCUUAUGGAACUGUGUUUAAAGGAAAGCUCUCUGAUGAAAUUCUGGUAGCAGUUAAGGUCCUUAACAACUCCAAAGGGAAUGGAGAAGAAUUUGUAAAUGAAGUCAGAACGAUAGGGAGAAUUCAUCAUGCCAAUGUUGUUCGCUUUAUAGGCUUCUGUGCUGACGGAUUUAGACGAGCUCUAGUUUAUGAAUACUUGCCGAAUGAUUCGCUAGAGAAAUUCAUAUCUUCAGCAGAUGCCAAGAACCAUUUUCUUGGCUGGAAAAGGUUGCAAGAUAUUGCUGUUGGUGCAGCCAAAGGCAUUGAAUAUCUCCAUCAGGGAUGCAAUCAAAGAAUCCUCCACUUCGACAUAAAACCACAGAAUAUCCUGCUAGAUCACAACUUCAAUCCCAAAAUCUCUGAUUUUGGCCUUGCAAAGUUGUGUUCUAAGGAUCAAAGUGCAGUGUCCAUGACGACAGCUAGAGGAACAAUUGGCUAUAUUGCUCCUGAAGUGUUCUCAAGAAAUUUCGGCAAUGUUUCUUUUAAGUCAGAUGUGUAUAGCUUCGGAAUGCUGGUGUUAGAAAUGGUUGGGGGACGAAAGAGCGUAGAUGGGAAAAAUGAAAAAGGUCAUAUAUACUUUCCAGAAUGGAUUUAUAAUCUUUUGGAAGUAGGAGAAGAUUUGAGGCUGGAGUUUGAGGAAGAGGAAGAUGCCAUGAUUGCAAAGAAACUUGCAAUUGUGGGACUAUGGUGCAGUCAGUGGAAUCCAGUGGAUCGUCCUACCAUGAAAAGUGUUAUUCAGAUGUUAGAAGGGGAAGGAGACAAUUUAUCAGUACCUCCUAAUCCAUUUAGCUCUGUGAAUCCCAGGAGAAUGAAUGCAAGAAUUCAAAGAUAUGUUGAACAUGACUUGGGGGCUAUUUUAGAAACAGAGUAAUCAAAGCCUAUCCAAAAACUCUUUUGAAGUAUGCAUGCACACUUGCAGUAGCAAUAACAGGGGUAAGAUUGGAAGUUAAGGUUCUCUUCCAUGCUUUCAUUUAUGUUAUCGAAUAUAGAUUAACUGUCCAAUUUAGUAUUGGAUUAUAGAUUCUGUUCUGUAUACACAUUUAUUUAUACAAAUUUCAUAUUUUGUUAGUGAUAGCAAAUUUGGAUUUGGUAUCAAGUAGAGAGGACUUGUGCUUACACAUGAUUUAGGCAACAAAAGUAUACAUGAUUUUCCUUUUUAUUUAA